AGUUGUCUACUUUCACAAAUCGUUCUGCACCGGCGCACAACUGGGCUGCAAGAUGUUGUGGACAUAAGGAACCUCAUGUUGACAAUAAAGGGAUGUACAGUAUCGAUUCGCACUUGACUGUAUAUAAAUAUGUUGUAGGCUAAACGCACGGAUUAUUAUGCGUUACCAUGGCUUUGUCGGAACUCUAUACGAAGUACAACAGAGUGUGGAUACCGGAUGCAGAGCAUGUCUGGAAGUCAGCAGAGAUCCUGAGAGACUUCAAACCUGGAGAUGAUACUUUAAAACUGCAGUUUGAGGAUGGCACUGAGAUGAUGUACCCCCUGGACAAAUCCAGUCCUCAGCUCCCUCACCUCCGCAACCCUGAUAUCCUGGUGGGAGAGAAUGAUCUGACAGCUCUCAGCUAUCUCCACGAGCCUGCCGUACUACACAAUCUCAAAGUGCGCUUCGUGGAGUCCAACAUUAUCUACAGCUACUGUGGAAUCAUCCUGGUGGCUGUCAACCCAUACAAGCAGCUUCACAUCUAUGGAGAUGCAGUCAUUCAGGCGUACUCUGGACAGAACAUGGGAGCUAUGGACCCUCACAUAUUCGCUGUGGCAGAGGAGGCUUACAAACAGAUGGCCAGGAACAAUAAGAACCAGUCUAUUAUAGUGAGUGGUGAGUCUGGAGCGGGAAAGACUGUGUCUGCUAGGUAUGUCAUGAGGUACUUCGCUAUGGUUAGCAAGUCUAGCAGCAAAACACGCGUGGAAGACAAAGUUCUGGCAUCCAAUCCAAUAACUGAGGCUAUAGGAAAUGCCAAGACGACCAGGAACGACAACAGCAGUCGCUUUGGGAAGUACACAGAGAUCAGCUUCGACAGGAGAUAUCAGAUCAUCGGGGCCAACAUGAGGACGUAUCUCCUGGAGAAAUCUAGAGUGGUUUCCCAGUCAGAGAACGAGAGAAACUACCACAUCUUCUACCAGAUGUGUGCCUGUGCAGAGCAAUCUGAGUUCAAGAGCCUGAGAUUGUUGAGUGCAGAUGAGUUCAGGUACACCUGCAUGGGCGGGGAGACAGGUAUCGAGGGGGUGGACGACAGGAAGGACAUGGAAGAGACACGCAGGACCUUCUCGCUGUUGGGGUUAACGGAGGACUUCCAGUCAGAUGUGUUCAAGGUGCUGGCUGGGAUUCUACACCUGGGGAAUGUAGAGAUCAGAAACGUUGGAUCAGACAGAUCAUCAGUUAGUUCCAGUGAUCAACACCUAGCUGCUUUCUGUGACCUUCUCGGGGUCAGUCCUGAUGGUGUUACCCGUUGGCUGUGCCAUCGCAGGAUAGCCAUGGUGGCAGAGACGGUGGUGAAGCCUGUGCCCAGUGAACGGGCUGUGAACGCCAGAGAUGCCCUCGCCAAGCAGAUCUAUGCCCACCUGUUCGACUGCGUCAUCCAGAAGAUCAAUGCAGCCCUGCAGGUGCCAGGGAAACAGCACUCCUUCAUAGGAGUACUGGACAUCUAUGGAUUUGAAACAUUUGACAUCAACAGUUUUGAACAGUUUUGCAUCAACUAUGCCAAUGAGAAGCUUCAGCAGCAAUUCAACUUGCAUGUGUUCAAGCUGGAGCAGGACGAGUACAUGAAAGAGGAUAUUCCCUGGACUCUGAUAGACUUCUAUGACAACCAGCCGGUCAUUGACCUGAUUGAAGCUAAGAUGGGCAUCCUGGACCUGCUGGAUGAAGAAUGUCUGUUCCCCCAGGGUACAGAUCAGAACUGGCUUCAGAAACUGUAUAACUACCAGGCUGACAACCUUCUGUUUGAGAAGCCCAGGAUGUCCAACGAGGCCUUCAUCAUUCAACACUUUGCUGACAAGGUAGAAUAUCAAUGCUGGGGUUUUCUAGAGAAGAACAGAGACACACUGUAUGAAGAGCUGGUGGAUACCAUGAGAACCAGUAAGUUUCCUCUCCUGGCCAACUUCUUCCUGGAGGUGGAGCCAGCUGGGUUGGGCACUAAAGGCAUCAAAGUGAGGCCUGCCCGGCCUGGGGUGAAACCAGCCAAUAAGAACCACAGGACCACUGUGGGAGAGAAGUUCAGCAGUUCUCUGUACCUGCUGAUGGAGAGUCUGAACGCCACCACCCCUCACUAUGUACGCUGCAUCAAGCCCAAUGAGGAAAAGAUGCCGUUUGAGUAUGACUCAAAGCGGGUGGUCCAGCAGCUGAGGGCGUGUGGAGUCCUGGAGACCAUUCACAUCAGCGCUCAGAGCUACCCCUCCAGGUGGACGUACAUAGAGUUCUACAGCCGGUACAGUAUACUGAUGAGUCAAGAGGAGCUGGGCCUCAACCACAAGAAACUGGCCUGUAAGACAGUGCUGCAGAGGCUAAUUCAGGACUCAGACCAGAACAAGUUUGGCCGGACCAAGAUCUUCUUCCGAGCGGGUCAGGUGGCCUACCUGGAGAAGCUUCGAUUGGACCGUCUCCGAAAGGCAUGUCUGACCAUCCAGAAGCACGUGAGGGGGUGGAGCCACAGGAGGAAGUUCCUACGCAUGAGGGAGGCGGCCAUCGUCCUCCAACAGUACGUCCGUGGACAGCGGCAGAUAUGUAAAACGGUGACGGCUGCAGCGUUGAAGCAAGGCUGGGCUGCUGUGGUCAUUCAGAGGUACUGGAGAAGUUAUCUGACCAGACUGAUCUAUAGAAUGGUCCGUUCCUCCUCUAUCAUCAUCCAAGCCUUCACUAGAGGCUGGAUAGCCAGGAAACACUACAAAAAGAUGGUGGAGGUGCAGAAAGCCCUGGUGUUGCAGAAGUAUGCCCGGGCGUGGCUCGCCAGGAGACGCUUCCAGAGCCUGCGCCGCCUGGUACACAACGUACAGCUCUCCUACAGGUGCCAGCAGCUCAGGAAGAAACUGGAAGAUCAGGCCAAAGAAAACUGUGGGCUGUUGGAGAGGCUGACAGGUCUGGCCGGUGCUCACACCCAAGGUCUAGACAAGCUGCGCUGUCUGGAGGCCCAGCUGGGGAAAUCAGCCACUGAGAAGGCUUUGCUAGAGGAGCGAGAGAAGAAGAGCAGGGAGGAUGCCGUGAAGACGAUAGCUCAGCUUCAAGAGGAAAAAGACAAAUUAAUCGUUGAAAAGCAGAACUUGGAAAAGAAGCUUGCAGAUUCAGCAACAGAGAUGAAAGACAGCUUUGAUCAAAUCAAGACAACUCUGAAAGAAGAUCUGGAACGAGAAGAAAGAUUGAGGAAGAUUGCAGAGAACAACCUUGAGCUGCAGAAGGAGGACCAUGAGAAGGAGGUGGAGCUGCAGAAGGAGGACCAUGAGAAGGAGAUGGAGGUUCUGAGGGAGGAGAACAGGAGGCUGAAGGAGGAGAGAGUUGGCCUACAGAGACAGACAGAGGAAGAGGCGCAGGUCAACACUGAUCUACAGGACCAGGUCAUACAGCUCACCAGGCACGUCACGGUGAUACCCGAGUUACGUAAAGAUCUUCACAAUCUCCAGACCCAGAGAGAUGAUCUGGGCAGGAAGAUGAAGAAGCAGUCAGAACAAGCCAGAGCCAAGAUGAGUGUGAUCACAAGACAACUUCUUUGUGGCGUGGUUGAAGAGGAGGUCAUUUCCAGGUUGACCUUCGACAGUCCAGACCAGAUCUAUGAAGUUGGGGAUUUGUUGACUGAAUUUGAUGGACUGCAGAAAGCUACCAGAGUGCUGGAGAGACACCAGCAGGAACAGAAGGAGGGUUAUGACAGCCAGAUAGAGGGGCUGACGUUCAAGGUGGAACACCUGCAGAACCAAAACAAUCAGCUGCAAAAACUGUUCCAGGAGAAAACGUCUGUCAACGACAGCAUCAGCCAGGAGGUGGCCAGGCUCAACACUGAAAACAUGGUCAUACCUGAGCUGAAGAAGCAGGUGUCAGAGCUACAACGACAUAAACAGGAACUGGAAGUUCAACUGGAAGAGCAGGCCAGAAAGAUGACAGGUAGAUUGGAAAGAAGGAAGGAGGAGGUGGAGAGGGAGAAGGAGGAGGAGGAGGUGGAGAGGGAGAAGGAGGAAGUGGAGAGAGAGAAGGAGGAGAUGGAGAGAGAGAAGGAGGAGGUAGAGAGAGAGAAGGAGGAGAUGGAGGUGCUCAGGAAACAGAAGAACACAGAGAGUGAGGCCAAGGCCAGAUUCAGUCAGGAGGCAUCACGACUCACUGCAGAGAACAUGGACUUUGAAGAGCAGCUCGACAUGAAGGACAGGUUGAUAAGGAAGCUACAAAACCAAAUCAAGAGCCUUCAAACAUCCGAGGAAGCCAAUCAAACACCAGCGCCCACUAUUACCAACGAAUACCUUGGCAUGUUGGAGUACAAGAGGGAGGAUGAAGCCAAGCUCAUUCAAUACGUCAUUCUGGACCUGAAGCCCAGAGGGGUACUGGUUAACAUGAUCCCCAACAUGGCUGCUCAGCUUCUCUUCAUGUGUGUCCGUCAUGCUGACUACCUUAACGACGGAGCCAAGCUCAAGUCUCUCAUGAACGCCAUCAUCAGUGGGGUUAAAAAGGUCAUCACGGAUCACCAAGAAGACUUUGAGUUGCUAUCGUUCUGGCUGUCCAACACGUAUCACAUGCUCAGCUGCCUGAAGCAGUACAGUGGAGAAGAGGAGUUUAUGAAACAGAACACUCCGCGCCAGAAUAAGAACUGCUUGCAGAACUUUGACUUGUCUGAACACAGACAAAUCUUCAGUGAUCUGGCCAUCCGUAUCUACCACCAGUUUAUAUCUGUUAUGGAGAAGACUCUUAUGCCCAUGAUCGGUCCUGGUAUGCUGGAGUAUGAGAGUCUCCAGGACAUCUCUAGUAUGAAGCCUACAGGUUUCCGUAAGCGUUCCAGCAGCAUCUAUGAGGACCAGGAGGUCUGCACCAUCUACUCUCUCCUCCAGCAGCUCAGUCUGUACCACAGCACUAUGAGUCAGCACGGCAUGGAGGAGGGGCUGGUUAGACAGGCUGUGAAACAGACCUUCUUCCUGGUGGGCGCGGAAACACUCAACAGCAUCCUGCUACGCAAAGACAUGUGUUCCUGUAGGAAGGGAAUGCAGAUUAGGUGUAACAUCAGUUACCUUGAGGCGUGGCUAAAGGAGAAGGACCUAGUGACGGGUACCAUGGCUACUCUGAAGCCUCUGUCUCAGGCUGCCUGGCUGCUGCAGGUCAACAAGACCACUGAUGACGACAUCAAAGACAUCACAGAGCAAUGCUCAGAACUCAGCCCUGUACAGAUUGUCAAGAUUUUGAACUCUUACACGCCCACUGAUGAUUUUGAGAAAAGGGUGGCACCGUCAUUCGUCCGCAAAGUUCAGGGCUUGCUCCAAGACCGUGAGGGAGGGUCCUCCCAGCUGAUGCUGGAUACCCAGUAUCGUUUCCAAGUCACCUUCCCCUUCACCCCGUCCUCUCAGGCCCUGGAGCUACUGCAGAUACCAUCCAGCCUCAGACUGGACUUCCUCACCAGGAUCUAACCUCUAACCCCUGACCCCUUUACCCCGUCCUCUCAGGCCCUGGAGCUACUGCAGAUACCAUCCAGCCUCAGACUGGGCUUCCUCACCAGGAUCUAACCUCUAACCCCUGACCCCUUCACCCCGUCCUCUCAGGCCCUGGAGCUACUGCAGAUACCAUCCAGCCUCAGACUGGGCUUCCUCACCAGGAUCUAACCUCUAACCCCUGACCCCUUCACCCCGUCCUCUCAGGCCCUGGAGCUACUGCAGAUACCAUCCAGCCUCAGACUGGGCUUCCUCACCAGGAUCUAACCUCUAACCCCUGACCCCUUCACCCCGUCCUCUCAGGCCCUGGAGCUACUGCAGAUACCAUCCAGCCUCAGACUGGGCUUCCUCACCAGGAUCUAACCUCUAACCCCUGACCCCUUCACCCCGUCCUCUCAGGCCCUGGAGCUACUGCAGAUACCAUCCAGCCUCAGACUGGGCUUCCUCACCAGGAUCUAACCUCUAACCCCUGACCCCUUCACCCCGUCCUCUCAGGCCCUGGAGCUACUGCAGAUACCAUCCAGCCUCAGACUGGGCUUCCUCACCAGGAUCUAACCUCUAACCCCUGACCCCUUCACCCCGUCCUCUCAGGCCCUGGAGCUACUGCAGAUACCAUCCAGCCUCAGACUGGACUUCCUCACCAGGAUCUAACCUCUAACCCCUGACCCCUUCACCCCGUCCUCUCAGGCCCUGGAGCUACUGCAGAUACCAUCCAGCCUCAGACUGGGCUUCCUCACCAGGAUCUAACCUCUAACCCCUGAUCUCUGACCCCUUCACCCCGUCCUCUCAGGCCCUGGAGCUACUGCAGAUACCAUCCAGCCUCAGACUGAUCUAACCUCUAACCCCUGACUAGAGAAGCGGUCCAGUAACCUAAAGGUGUCUGUUUUUUAAUCCCAGUGAUGACAGGGGAAAAGCUGCCAGGAGUGAAGUUGCCACUUUCUUCUAGAGUCUCAGGUGGCUCCGACUGCCAUUGUGUCCUUGAGCAAGGCACUCCUAACCAAUCAAUCAAUCAAUCAAAUUUAUUUAUAAAGCCCUUUUUACAUCAGCCGAUGUCACAAAGUGCUGUACAGAAACCCAGCCUAAAACCCCAAACAGCAAGCAAUGCAGAUGUAGAAGCACGUUGGCUCCAGGGACGCUCUGCUCUAAAACCAACCUUUUACAAUCAUCACAGUAAUUAUGGAUCCAAAUAACCAAAGAUCAUUUUAAAAGAAUGAGUGUUUUGAUGUAUACUUGUUAUACAGUUUGAUAGAAAUAUUAAGAUGACUCCUGACGAAUGUCCGAUGUACAGUAAAAAUGCAGAUGCUGUUGCAGAGUGAUUGUCUAAUGCUUGGUGGUAUAAGGAGAAACAUUACUUCUCAGGUCAGAUGAGAUGACACAUGUGAACUGUGUUGUUUUCAUUUUUAUAUUGUCUGUGUAAAUUGAGAAUGUUUCAACUCAAUGUUAUUGAGUACCAUGCACUGUAAAUAAAAUAUGGCUUGUCUCUUG